UGUAUAGGUCGCCUAAUGAAAUGGUGUUUUCCUUCCUUCUUCCCCCAUGCAGAUGAAGAGCACAAACCUACCUUGAUUAACUACGACUGUGUGUGUGAAGGCACGUCAUGUGUGAAUGGCGACCGCUGCAGAGGCCACCAGUGCUUUGCCUCUUUGAGCAUCAACAAUGGCGCUAAAGUGUAUCAGAAGGGCUGCUUCCAAGUCUACGAACAAGGGAAAAUGACAUGUAAAACACCUCCUUCCCCUGAUCAAGCGGUCGAAUGCUGUCAGGGUAACCUGUGUAACAUGAACAUCACAGCACAGCUGCCGACGAAAGGGCACCCACUUCAAGGGGAAGCUGUGGGUUACACCACGGAAACACUUAUCAUAUUUGUUGUAGCAUCAGUUCUGGCGCUCCUGAUAUUUUCUGCAGUGACGUUGCUGAUCAUCCGAAAAGUGAAACAGUACCAUAUGGAAAGGCUCAAUUCAAGGGAUCCAGAAUAUGGAACCAUUGAGGGACUCAUAGCAUCAAACGUUGGUGACAGCACCCUGGCAGACUUGUUGGACCAUACCUGUACAUCCGGAAGUGGCUCUGGCCUUCCUUUCCUGGUACAAAGAACGGUGGCUCGCCAGAUUACGUUGUUGGAGUGUGUGGGGAAAGGUCGAUACGGUGAGGUCUGGAGAGGACAGUGGCAAGGAGAAAAUGUUGCAGUAAAGAUAUUUUCUUCCCGAGACGAGAAGUCCUGGUUCAGGGAAACGGAAUUGUACAAUACUGUGUUGCUGAGGCACGAAAACAUUUUAGGGUUUAUUGCCUCAGAUAUGACCUCUCGGAAUUCCAGCACUCAGUUGUGGCUAAUCACCCACUACCAUGAGAUGGGCUCUUUGUAUGACUAUCUGCAACUCACGACGCUCGACACAGUGAGCUGCCUGCGGAUAGUCUUGUCUAUAGCUAGUGGCCUUGCACAUUUGCACAUAGAGAUAUUUGGGACCCAAGGGAAACCUGCCAUUGCUCACCGAGACUUGAAGAGUAAAAAUAUCCUGGUUAAGAAAAACGGACAAUGUUGCAUAGCAGACCUAGGCCUUGCAGUCAUGCACUCCCAAAGCACCAAUCAGUUGGAUGUAGGAAACAACCCCCGUGUGGGUACCAAGCGCUACAUGGCGCCAGAAGUCUUAGAUGAAACCAUCCAAGUGGACUGCUUUGACUCUUACAAACGGGUUGAUAUCUGGGCAUUUGGACUGGUCCUUUGGGAAGUAGCCAGGCGUAUGGUGAGCAAUGGUAUUGUCGAAGACUACAAACCUCCAUUUUAUGACGUAGUGCCUAAUGACCCCAGCUUUGAAGACAUGAGAAAAGUGGUCUGUGUGGAUCAGCAGAGGCCAAACAUUCCCAACAGAUGGUUUUCAGAUCCUACGUUAACUUCCCUUGCCAAGUUGAUGAAAGAAUGCUGGUACCACAACCCAUCAGCCAGAUUAACAGCGCUGCGUAUUAAAAAGACUUUGACCAAAAUCGACAAUUCCUUAGAUAAGCUCAAAGCUGACUGUUGAUAACCAACACCUGAUGCUGACAGGACAUCAUGGCUUGUGUCCAGCAUGGAAGAGUGUCUUGAUGAACUCUAGGAUCCGGCCACAAGUGGCUUCAAACAGAGGCAGAGUUGUUUACCUAACCAGCCAUUGAAAAGGAAAUAGACCCAUGUGAGCCUUAAUCGGUGACUGUCCGUGGUAUUUUACAAAUGGCCAAUCUGUAAAGACUUAAUGCUGAAUCUAUGGUGGCCUAUGGAAGGAAGGAAGGAAAGAAGAGAAGUCCUAAGACAAAACUGGGGCAUUAAAACCAUGGCUUUUUAUUUUUAUUUCAUGAAAAGAAAGAAAAAGGAAAGUGUCUCCUUUUCUCGCUCCCAAGUGGAAGUGGUCAAUUCGAAUCAGCAAUAUUGCCUGCGCUUCUCUUUAUUGCACUAGGGAUUCCUUGCAUUCCUUACUUGCACUGUUACGGUUUAAUUUGAAAGACAUGACUUGCCAAAAAUAUGAUUGGCCCUGUACUCAUUCAUAUGUUUUUUUUAAAAAAAAAUUAAUAAUAAUGGGAAAUCCAAUUUGGGAAAUUGAACUUGUAACUGACUCUUUUUAUUAUUAUUUUAAAGCUGCAUUUUACAUAUGUGUACCGUUUACAAUAAUGCUGGACGCUAGGAAUUAUUGUUUAUAUGGAAACUGCGAACUUUUAUUUAUUAUUAGUGCACUUAACAGUUUUAAAAUACUGAGGAAAGUGCGAAUAGUUAAAAGCUUAUUUUUAUGUGGCUUCUAUCAUUUAUUUCUUACAGACGUAUUUUUUUUGGGGGGGGGAGGUUUAACACGGUAUAACCUGAAAUGGUCCUUCUCCCUGCCCCCCCAUAUUAUCAGUUAUACACUUUAAUCACCUUUUUUAAAGUGCUUCACAUUUUAUAUGCGUGUGGUCUGUAACAUAUAUUUUUCAGUUCAAAAUAAGCGGAACAUUUAUAUAUAAAUAUUAUAUAGAUAUAUAUAUCUCUCUUAAAUAUAAAGCCAUUAUCCAAAUGAUGCCACAUCUAGUACCUUAUUGAUCCUACAGAAAGGGGAGCAGCAGCAGCAGAAGAAAAUGGCAGAAUGGUAGGCCAUGGAUCGUAUUAUGGGAAAGUGCAUUUUUCUUCUUCUAAGCUAUAUACGUAAUGUGCAUAUGAACUCUACCGGGGCGAGGAGAAAGCUAUUUUUUAAAUUUUACUUCCUUUUUUUGUAUUUAGCAGUUAUUUGUAUAAAUGACAUAGAAUAUUUUCAAGUCAAAUGGAAAGAAAAUGUCCCCUCGUUCUGUUAGUGCCUCUUGUGGUUCGAGGUAAACGCCGUAAAGUUUUGCAUCACCAGCGUAUAUCCACUGAUUAUCUUCUCCCUGCCUUUGCUGUUUCUGCAAGUCAGAGCAGUGUCAACAAACUGGUGGUGUAGGACAGAACGCCACUGAAAAACACCAGAGAGAUUCUUCAUAAAGGUGAUGCUGAUUUUGGGUGCCGGGCAGUUGUUGUUGGGGAGCUGGGGUCUGUGCUGGAGCAAUGACCUCGCAAGGACACAAAUUAUUGUGUGAUGAUGUAUGAACAAAUCAGAUCAUGCUGUUCUGACCGUGGUGUUUUUUGUUUUUUUUAAAAAAAUAAUAAUCUUGAGUUUCCUGAGUAAAGAGUUUUGAUCUGAGUGCCUUGCCUUAUAACUGUGUAGCUGUUCUCCCUGUGGAGCCCUCAUAGUGAAAACGAUGGAUGCUGAAUGUAAGUGGCUGUCCUAACAACCGUUAAACCAGCACGAUGCCUCGAGCUUAGGAAACGAGCUGAAUGGACUUUGUUCCAAACGAGACAGGGCCCUGUUGUAGCUUCCAUUUCCCCUGUUCUCCUUCAGAUUGCUUUACGAAAGCUCUUUUGGGAGAAGUGUUGUAAGAGCUUUGAUUUGUGCGCCUUUGCUCCAUGGAACACUGCUGCGCCUGUCACUGAAUACAGGGGGGCGGGAGGAUAUGGGGUUGUUUCCAACUCGGUUCUUCUUAGAGUUGGACCCAUUGAACUUGAUGGAACUCAGUCAUGCUCUUAGUUUCAGCCGGUCUACUCUGAGCAUGUCUAACACUGGCUGCAAACCAUGGCCCCUCUUCUGGGACGGGGUUAGGUGUGCCAUGAUUUGCUGGGCUGGAAACUGAAUUGGUAAUAUGAUCUGGUCACACGUUGCGAAGAAAUGCUGGGAAGAGUCUGGGUUUGGAUGCAUUUGUCCCUAAGGUUUCCAGGGUGUUGAGAUGAAGUUUGGUAUUUGCUUGGAGAAUGAUGGCUUGCCGCAAAAAGUUUCAUCCUGCUAAAAAUAAUAAAUGAUGAUAAGGAAACUGGGGGCGGGUGGAGGAGAGGAGAAAAAAAUCUCCUCCUGUCUAGUUAAUCAGAGUGAACUUUUCCAUGUGUUGGUGGGUGAGCCAGACUACCUAUCUAUAUUUAAAAAGCAAACUUCUAGUUCUUCUACCAUUUGUAUGGUUAAUUUGAAAUAACCUAAUUUGUGAAUGUCUUCUUAAUGAUGAGGUCCUCUUUUAACAGUAUGAAAGUCUUCAUCAAGGAAAGUGAUAUUAAACAUUUUUAAAUGAA